CCCCUCUCUGCUCGGCGGCCCCCAAACUUGGGGGUGAAUGGCGGGCGCCGCGGCGCCAAGUGGGACUCCUGGGGGGCUGGGCCCAGCGGAGCCCGAAGACGCGCGCGGCUGGCGCUGCCCGGAGCACGGCGACCGCGUGGCUGAGCUCUUCUGUCGCCGCUGCCGCCGCUGCGUGUGCGCGCUUUGCCCGGUGCUGGGCUCGCACCGCGGCCACCCGGUUGGUCUGGCGCUGGAGGAGGCGGCGCGCGUGCAGAAACUCACCCAAGAAUGUUUAAAGAAUUUGACAACCAAGAAGCAGCAGCAAGUUGGCAACAUAACCCAGCAAGAUGCUGCUGAGAAGCUCAAGGCUCAUGCAGAGUCAAGUAAAACCUGGCUGACAAGGAAAUUUACUGAACUCAGAUUACUGCUUGAUGAAGAUGAAGCUCUGACCAAGAAAUUCAUUGAGAAAAACAUGCAGCUUGCCCUGCAGGCGUACAGGGAGCAAAUCAAGUCUUGUGGGGAGCAAAUCGAUGUCAUGAACAAUCUCUCCAACAGGGUCUGGCAUAUCAGCCAGGAACCCAGUCCUGUAGAGCUGCUGCAGGCGUACACGGCCGCUGAGUGGCAGACGCAGCAGCAGAUGAGCCUGGGGCAGUCGUGCCACCCCGUGCCCCACUCCUUUGAGCCCGUCAAGAGCUUCUUUAAGGGCCUUGUGGAAGCCACGCAGAGCCCGCUACAGACGCCACUCGAUGUCCGUCUUAAGGCGAACGUGAACUGCCAGCUCCAGGUCUCUGGCGUCCAGCCGGGUUCCCUGUUGAAAAUAAGCCCCUCACCAGAGCGAUCACUCUUCUUAAAAUGCGCGCGCAUGCCCACGCUGGAGCCAGACACGCUGCACGCGCGCCUGCGCCUCUCGGCAGACAACCUGAAGGUGUGUUGCGGCUACCAUGGCAGCCUGGGGCUCAACCCCGCGCUGCAUUUCGACGCGCUGUGGCAGGUGCUGGGCCGCGAGUGCUUCGACGCCGGCCGCCACUACUGGGAAGUGGACGUGCAGGAGGCGGGCGUCGGCUGGUGGGUGGGCGCGGCCUACAGCUCCCUCGGUGCCUCUGCCGCCGCCCGCUUGGGCUGCAACCGCCAGUCCUGGUGCCUCGAACUAUAUGACCUCGAGUACUGGGUCUUCCACGAUGGCCAGCGCAGCCGUCUGCGGCCCCGCGACGACCCCGACCGGCUCCGCGUCUUCCUGGACUACGAGGUCGGCGUCUUCAUCUUUUACGACGUGACGGGCGGCAUGACCCACCUGCACACCUUCCGUGCCGCCUUACAGAAGCUGCUCUACCCGGCCCUGCGGCUCUGGGAAGGGGCCAUCAGCAUCUCCCGACUGCCCUAGGGGCCGACACCUGAGUGGCUGCCCUAGGUUCUCCGCGGCUUAGGUCUCACCCGAUCCAGACGUGGCUGGUCUCCUGCCGCCUCUGUAAGCAUUCCCAUCCUCUCCCCUACCAGUCAUGCCCUGUGCUUUGAACAGUUCCUCUCCCAGGUAGGCUAGUUUCAAACGGGCCCUAAACACAGGUCCUCUGCUGCUGCUCUCUCAUCGGAACUCCCCACCGCCACCAGGGCCCUUAUACUACACUGCUUUUAGUCCAGGUUCCUGAAAGGACACACCCACAGGUGAGCCCUAAGCAUCCUCACCAUGUCAGAAUAUAUGAUCCUCAGCCUCAGAACAUUCUCCCUCAUAGAGCACUCAGAACCGCCUGGCACAUAGUAGGCGCACAGUAAAUAUGUGAAUGAAUAAGAAUCGCUAAGACUCUUCUGUCACUUAAUGUCCCUUGGAUCUGCUUCCUCUUCUCCACUGUCCUUCAGCUUGUCCUUGUCACUCCCUUAAGAGCAGCUGCAAGAGCUUCUUAACACCUCCUGGCCUGAACCCUUUCCCAUGCUCAUCCUCCACCCUACAGCUAGAGUGAUCUGCGUGAAACCUCACUUAACCUCUUAGAACUAUCAGAAGGUUCCCAAGGACUAUGUGGGGUGGGGGGGAAGCACUUUACCUUAGCAGUCAAGGCUUUCCUAGUCUGCCCCAAACUACAUAUCCUCAUCUAGCUCCUACUGCUCUUUUCAGAGACCCUCCAAUCAGAACUGUGUGUGUGUCGCAUAGUUCCACCUCUAUACCCUUGCCCUUGCCAUUUCCCAUAUAAACACAUUUAUACAGGAAAGGCCCUUCUUCUUUUUGCCUGUUUUCCCCAGUCUUAACUGCCCCCAGGAGCUCUCCCCAAGCUACAAGAAUCUCUCUGUAUCAGAUCCAGUCUGGGACCUGUCUUUCCAAUUAGAUUGGAAGAUUCCUAAAGGCAGCCAUGUCCUACAUCCUACACCUUACCCACCCUGAAAAGUUCAGAACGUCCCUUCCCUCCAAGGCAGCGAGUGAAUGACCACUAGCUGGCUGCUAUUGAAUCAGAACAGCUGAGCUGGGAGGGUCUCACAGAUCACUCAGCCUGACCCCAUUGUACGUUUGGGGAGAAUAAGGUCCUGAAAGAAAGUUGCCUAAAGUCACCCACGGUGAUUAAGGGCUCGGCCACCUCCCAGCCCUCAGGCAUGUGUCUCACUUGCCCCCUGGCCCAGUGCUACAGGCCCAGCUUUCAACCUGGAAGAUUUUACUGCUUAUUCAUUUCUUAGGGGAUGUUGGGAAGAAAUCAGCAGGUGACUGUUGCUAAGCAGCCACAGGCAGUUUUCCCAACUGUCUUGGAAUCAAAAGGAGAGGAACUAACUAUGAGUGGGGUUUGGGCAGCUCAGGCAUCCCUAUGCUCCUCAGAUCCAAAAUGUUGCCAAGGAAACCCAGAGAGCCCCUGCUUUCCAGAAGGUAAUGACAGAAAUAGAGAAGGCCAAAUCAGCAGGGCCUCCUAGGGAUAUCAGCCCCUCUAGUAGGGAGGGAAAGGCCUCUUUCCAGGGUCUGUGCCUCAGUUCUGAAGGUUCAGCAUCCUGUCUGUCAAAUUCCUUAUAUGGUUUUGAAGUGGUACUAUGUAAAAGUAUCUUCUUAGGUGCUUGGCAGGAGGGCAGUGGUAGGGUGAGGAAAACGCAAAGCUGAAUGUCUCUCAGGGUUUAAACAGACUCUCAGUGCGUUAAUUGGUUUGAACCAUAUAAAACUGCCGAUUUCCAAUAGUUUUUUUUAACCUAAAAACGGUACUUUCAUAUGGGGCAAUGUAAUGUAAGUAGAAUACAAGGCAGAAGGAACCUCAAAAGUGGCUUUAGUCCUAACCAAAUCAUUUAAAACUCUACCUUGGAUAGAUGUCUUCAGCACUAUGCUCCAGGAAUGCUGAGAAGAGGGAAAUUAAUUCUACUGGGGAUGGCCCAGAGCUGAAUUCUGACAGGCAGAGGGCGUUCCUGACAGAGGAAGAUGCACGAACUUGACCCCAUAUCUCUGUUCACCCCUGCAAACCAAGAUUUAUUCCCAGACCCACGGCCGCAGGGUCCAAGUAAAAAUACUUGCUAUUUUGUCAGGCAUUGUUCUGGUGCUUUACAGCUAUUAACUUAUUUGAUCCUUACAUCACCCCUAGGAACAAGAAAGUUAUCCCAAUUGUACACAUGGCAAAAUUGAGACACAGAAUGAGUAACUUGCCCAAGGUCACACAGCUAAUGGUGGAACUGGGGUCUGUACUUAUACACCAUGUUCAGGUGAACGCAGCCGGUCUCUAGCCAGUGCCUACUCGCUCUGGCCUCUCUCUCCCUCUCUCUCUCUCUUUUUUUUUAACAUCUUUAUUGGAGCAUAAUUGCUUUACAAUGGUGUGUUAGUUUCUGCUUUAUAACAAAGUGAAUCAGCUAUACAUAUACGUAUGU